UAAAAAUAUAUGAAUAAAUACUGUAUUAAAUAAUAUUCCAUAACAUAAAAGCUUGUUUAACUCCAGAUAUGUUUCUAUCUCUGCAUAGAAACAUGACCCAACAAAUCUGUUUGCCAUCACUAUUCCAUGAUUCAAAAGCUCGCGUGCACUGACCUAUUUCUUCGAUUUAAGACAACCAAUUUGUCCUAAUAAUUUGUUUUGGUGAUGGGUUUUCAAGAAUUGAUGAAUCCCAUUGACUGGGAGCAAGAAUCUUACCCGCAGUACGAGGAUUUCGUCGUGCUUCCAUUUUUUGCUAUGCUUUUCCCUACAGUUCGAUUUUUGCUCGACAGAUUCGUCUUUGAGAAAGUUGGAAGGCGGGUAAUAUACGGAAAGGCAGCGGAAUUGGUGGAAAAUGAGACGGAUGAUCAAAAGAAGAAGAUAAGGAAGUUCAAAGAAUCUGCUUGGAAAUGCAUCUAUUAUCUUUCUGCUGAGAUAUUGGCGCUUGCCGUGACUUACAACGAGCCUUGGUUCAGAAAGACAAAAUAUUUCUGGGUGGGGCCCGGUAACCAAGUCUGGCCUGACCAAGCAUACAAGCUGAAACUGAAGGGCCUCUACAUGUUUGCGGGUGGAUUCUAUUCGUACUCCAUUUUUGCUUUGGUAUUUUGGGAAACGAGACGCUCGGAUUUUGGGGUCUCUAUGAGUCACCACGUUGCCACGUUCAUUCUCAUCGUCUUAUCAUAUGUAUUCAGGUUUGCUCGUGUGGGUUCUGUCGUUUUAGCCCUUCACGAUGCGAGUGAUGUGUUUCUUGAAAUCGGGAAGAUGUCGAAGUACAGUGGGGCCGAGGCAGUGGCUAGCUUCUCGUUUGUCCUCUUUGUAUUGUCGUGGAUUGUUCUUCGCCUUAUAUACUACCCGUUUUGGAUUCUAUGGAGCACAAGUUAUGAAGUCGUACAGACAUUGGAUAAGGAAAAACACAAAGUCGAUGGACCAAUCUAUUACUACAUUUUCAAUUUCCUUCUUUUCUCCUUACUCGUUCUUCAUGUAUAUUGGUGGGUGUUGAUGUACCGAAUGCUCGUCAAGCAAAUCCAAGCAAGGGGACGAGUCAGUGAAGAUGUUAGGUCCGAUUCUGAGGAUGAAGAUGAUGAGCAUGAAGAUUAAAAAAUGUAACUAACUUCAUUUUCAAAGUCGCAAAAAAGAUUCCAAUGCAAUGUACAAACUGUUCUUUCUCCUAGCAGUGACACGAAAUCCUUUCAAUUCAAGAAUUGAAAUAUAAAAAAACUGAAAAUUAAUUCAACAUGGCUUGUCAAGGAGGGCUUGGAGAGGAAAUAACGAUCAUCCCUUUUUUUUUUUUGGCUUUUUUUUGUUUUCGUUAAAAUUUGCCAUGGAAGUUUCCAAUGAUUGUACCUUAUGUGUUGGAACUGUUGCAAGAGUGUAGCAAAAAAAUUAGUGCCAGCAAUAUUUUAUGCAAUUUUGAGUAAAAUGUUGCAUUUUGUCAUAGAUA